AUGUAAACAGAGAAACCCACACCAAAAACAGAUGCAGACUAUAAAGCAUAAGCUGCUGCAUUGACAGACUAAUAAUUGCAUGAGGAGAUCAAUAAAUUGAAUAGGAGACUUAAUGAACUGAAAACGAUGCAAUCAAGAGAGAUUAAUUAUAAAAAGCAAUAUGAAGAUCAAUUGGAUAGCACUAAAAAGAGAGUUGGCAAUAUGACAACACUCCCUUAUUUAGUUUCAAAUGUAGUGGAAAUAUUAGACAUUGAAGCAAUUGAUAAAGAUUAAUAAGAUUAAUCUGUGACAGAUGAUUAUGCUACAAUUUCUGGAAAAGGUGUUGUGAUUAAGACUACAACUAGACAGACAAUCUUUUUGCCAGUCACAGGUUUAUUAAAUGCAUCUUAAUUGAAACCUGCAGAAUUGAUUGGAGUUAAUAAAGAUGGAUAUAUGUUAUAUGAGAAAUUACCAACUGAAUACGAUGCAAGAGUCAAAACAAUGGAAGUGGAUGAAAAACCAUAAGAAGAUUAUACAGAUAUUGGUGGAUUGGAUAAACAAAUAGAAGAAUUAAGAGAAGCCAUAGUUUUGCCAAUUGUGCAUAAAGAGAGAUUUGAAAAUAUUGGUAUUAGACCACCAAAAGGAGUAUUGAUGCAUGGACCACCUGGAACUGGUAAAACUAUGAUGGCUAGAGCAUGUGCUGCUCAAACCAAGGCUACAUUCUUAAAGUUAGCUGGUCCUUAAUUAGUUUAAAUGUUUAUUGGUGAUGGAGCUAAGAUGGUUAGAGAUGCAUUUCAAUUGGCUUAAGAAAAAGCACCUGCCAUUAUAUUCAUAGAUGAAUUAGAUGCCAUCGGAACUAAAAGAUAUGAUAGUGAUAAGAAUGGUGAUAGAGAAGUAUAAAGAACUAUGCUUGAAUUAUUAAAUCAGCUUGAUGGUUUCAGUCCUGAUGAUAGAAUCAAAGUCAUUGCAGCCACCAAUAGACCCGAUAUUUUGGAUCCAGCAUUAUUGAGAUCUGGUAGAUUGGAUAGAAAAAUUGAAUUCCCAUUACCAAAUGAAGAAGCCAGAGCUCAAAUCCUGAAAAUUCAUUCCAGAAAGAUGUCAGUUGCUAAAGAGACAGUUAAUUAUGUGGAAAUUGCUAGAAGUACAGAUGAAUUUAAUGGUGCAUAGUUAAAAGCUGUCUGUGUGGAAGCAGGUAUGAUUGCAUUGAAUAGGGGUGGAACAUUCUUGAUUCAUGAAGAUUUUGUAGAGGGAAUAGCUGUUGUACAAGCUAAAAAGAAAAGUAGCUUAAAUUAUUAUGCUUGAAUCAAAUAUAUAAAAUAAUAUUUAA